AUGCCCAACGUCCAAUUCAAAAAAGGCCCCUCACGCCGCCCUGCCCAGUCUCGCAGACGCUCCCCCACCCCCCCAGCAGAAGCCGAACCCUCCUCCUCCGUCGUACGCACCCAGACAAAAUCCAUCGCCAACCCCCUUGUGCAAGGGACGAAGCGGCGGCGAGAUGUGCAAGCGGGGGAUAACGUCGCAGACGACGAGAAUGGGCUGGACGAGUUUGGUUAUCGGGCCGAUGAAGGGUUGACGAAGAGGGCUGAUGAGCUUGUUACCCGGGCGAACGAUUGGGAUCUCGAAAACGACCCCGUACCAGAGAAGAAAGUCCGCCUCAACGAAGACGGCGACAUUGACGACGGCAUCUACCGCGGCGCCUCAAACUACCUCCCCACCAUCAACAAGACCCGCGAAACCCUCGACAAAAAGAUGAAAUCCGGCCCCAUCAAAGCCACCUCCCACGUACGCACCAUCACCCUCAUGGACUACCAGCCCGACGUGUGUAAAGACUACAAGGAGACGGGGUUCUGUGGGUAUGGGGAUAGUUGCAAGUUUAUGCAUGAUCGGGGGGAUUAUCUGGCGGGGUGGCAGUUGGAUAAGAUGGCGGAGGAUGGGGGAGGGGGAGGGAGAGCACAAGUGGAAGAAGAGGAUGAGGAUGAGGAGGUGCCGUUUGCGUGUUUGAUUUGUCGAAAACCAUUCACAGUCCCCGUCGUCACCCGCUGUGGGCACUAUUUCUGCAUGGCGCAAGUCCUCCCUCCUUCUUUCUCCCCCAAGUGCGCAACAAAAAGAUUCCAAAAAUCCCCCAAAUGCUACGCCUGCGGCGCCGCCACCCAAGGCAUCUUCAACACUGCCGAAAAGAUUAUCGCCAAGAUUGAAGCGCGCAACAAGGUGCGGCAGGAGGAGAGGGAUGAGAGGAAGGGGCAGGAGAAUGAUGGGGGUGGGAUCAUCUUUGGCGGCGGUGACGCCGCUUCCGACGCUUCCGACAACGACGAGUAA